ACAACAGCGUGAGGGCCCAUGUGGAGAUUUUUGUUCUGGCGGUCUGCAAGAAUACCGUCGCGAAGCCUACUCGUCGUGCUCUCUCUCCUACUCCUUAUCCUUCUCCUCAAGCCUGCCACUUCGUUCACCGUCGAAGUUGCCCCAGGCACAGUAGAAUGCUACAUUACAGUGGCUACUCAAGGCGAUGAUUUCUUAGGUAAUUUCGAGGUACUGACGGGGGGCAGCUAUGCCCCUGUGGAAGUGACCGUCGAAGGCCCUGAUGGGAAGCUUUUGUGGCGAGCAGCAGACAAGUCUGAGGAAACAUUUUCUUUCGAGGCCGAGGAGAACGGGGAUCAUACCUUGUGUAUAAGUAAUGGUGCAAGAGGGCGGGCUGACGAUGGGAUACCUCGAUUGGUGGGCUUCUCGUUUCGGACGGACGUGCUAGUAGACGAGGCGAUAGCAAGCGAGCAGAGCAUCCGGCGCCUGAUAGAACUCGGAAAUUCUCUCACGAAAGGUUUGACCAAUGUGAUGGAUCAUCAAAGCUACAUGCGACAGCGUGAGGAUCUGCAUGCCUCGACGAUGGAAAGCAUUGGCUCCCGAGUACUGAUUUGGACGGUAGUGGAAGCAGUUGUCCUGGUUGGAAUGGCUGUUUGGCAAAUAUCUAUCAUUUCCAAAUUUUUCGAGGUUCGUCGGGCCGUUUGAUGAAUGCAAGGAUAGUUUGUAAGGAGAAAAUGGGGGUUGGAAGUCAUUUUGCGAUCAAAGGCUAAGAUGGAAAAGUCGAGAUGUGUAGUCG